GCCAGCACUGACGGCACUUGGCAGAAGGGGCUUGCCCGAGCGCUCCCGGAGCAUCUCUAGAGGCGCGGCGGCAGCGCCCGCCCGGCUCACCGGAGAGUCGGCCCAGAACCGGCGGCCGGGGCCAGUACCAGAGAAGGGCUGAGCGCCGGGGAGCGGAAGAAAACCUAGAAUAAUACGAAUAGUAAUAAAGAGUGGUGGGCAGGAGAAGGAGGUCGCGGGGGGGAAGCGGGGGGCGAGGAGAAGGCGCGCCCCCGAGGAGGUGCCCGGGCAAGAGGCGGGAGCGGCCCCUCGCCGGGGCUGCCGGCAGCUCCCCGCGCCCGGGGGCGGCCGUCGGGGCGGCGGCAGCACGUGGCGGCGGCGGGGCAUGGCCGCGGCGAGGGCUCCCGGGGCCUGAGCCGCCCCCGCCGCCGGCACCAUGGCGGCCGCCGCCGACGCCGGCCUCGACGUGGCGGCGGUGGAAAGUUUCCUAGAGAGGCACCCGGAGCUGGUGGAGAAGUGGCUGAAGAGGAAGAACUCGCCCCCUAAAGCGCCUGCCGCCCCCGCCGCCGGCCCGUCGGAGGAGCCCCGGAGCAGCGGCUGCCCCGGCGGCGGCUGGGGCAGCGCGGGCGGCCCCGGCGGCCCCGGCCCCGGCGGCGGGGGGCUGCAGCGGCGAGCCUCCCAGAAGGAGCUGCGGAAGAGCUUCGCCCGCUCCAAGGCCAUCCACGUCAACCUCACCUACGACGAGCAUGUGCACGCCCGGGCGCAGGAGCCGCUGAGCAGCGUGCGGCGGCGGGCGCUGCUGCGGAAGGCCAGCUCCUUGCCCCCCACCACCGCGCACAUCCUCAGCGCCCUGCUGGAGUCCCGCGUCAGCCUGCCCCAGUACCCCCCCACCGCCCUGGACUACAAGCGCUACCUCAAGGAGCACAACGAGCGCCAGUUCUUCCUGGAGCUGGUCAAGGACAUCUCCAACGACCUGGACCUCACCAGCCUCAGCUACAAGAUCCUGAUUUUCGUCUGCCUCAUGGUGGACGCCGACCGGGGCUCCCUCUUCCUCGUGGAGGGGGCCGCCGCCGGCAAGAAGAGCCUGGUCUCCAAGUUCUUCGACGUGCACGCCGGCACCCCGCUGCUGCCGUGCGGCUCCACGGAGAACAGCAACGAGGUGCAGGUGCCCUGGGGCAAGGGCAUCAUCGGCUACGUGGCGGAGCACGGAGAGACGGUCAACAUCCCCGACGCCUACCAGGAUCGCCGCUUUAAUGAUGAGAUUGACAAACUGACUGGAUACAAGACAAAGUCACUCUUGUGCAUGCCCAUAAGAAACAGUGAUGGAGAGAUUAUUGGUGUUGCCCAAGCAAUAAAUAAGACUCCUGGAGGUGCCCCUUUUUCUGAUGAUGAUGAAAAAGUGAUGCAGAUGUAUCUCCCAUUCUGUGGGAUUGCCAUAUCCAAUGCCCAGCUAUUUGCAGCUUCAAGGAAGGAAUAUGACAGAAGCAGGGCUUUACUGGAAGUAGUGAAUGACCUCUUUGAGGAACAGACUGACUUAGAGAAAAUUGUCAAAAAAAUUAUGCAUCGGGCCCAGACUCUGCUGAAGUGUGAACGGUGCUCAGUAUUACUUCUGGAAGAUAUCGAAUCACCAGUGGUGAAAUUUACAAAAUCCUUUGAGUUGUUAUCUCCAAAAUGCAGUGCUGACACUGACAACAGUUUCAAAGACAACGCGGAGAAAUCAUCAUCUUAUUCCGACUGGCUAAUAAAUAAUAGCAUUGCUGAACUCGUAGCUUCCACAGGUCUCCCAGUGAACAUUAGCGAUGCCUAUCAGGAUCCUCGCUUUGAUGCUGAAGCUGACCAGAUUUCUGGCUUUCACAUAAGGUCUGUACUGUGUGUCCCUAUAUGGAAUAGCAACCAUCAAAUAAUUGGGGUAGCUCAAGUGUUGAACAGGCUUGAUGGGAAACCCUUUGACGAUGCCGACCAGCGACUGUUUGAAGCUUUUGUUAUUUUUUGUGGCCUGGGCAUCAACAACACAAUUAUGUAUGACCAAGUGAAGAAAUCCUGGGCAAAACAGUCUGUGGCUCUUGAUGUGUUAUCUUAUCAUGCAACAUGUUCGAAGGCAGAAGUUGAUAAAUUUAAGGCAGCAAACAUCCCUCUGGUGUCGGAGCUUGGCAUUGAUGAUAUCCAUUUUGAUGACUUCUCGCUUGAUGUGGAUGCCAUGAUUACUGCAGCCCUGCGGAUGUUCAUGGAACUUGGAAUGGUUCAGAAAUUUAAAAUUGACUACGAGACUCUGUGUAGGUGGCUUUUGACGGUUAGGAAGAAUUAUCGAAUGGUUUUGUAUCACAACUGGAGGCAUGCUUUUAAUGUCUGCCAGCUAAUGUUUGCCAUGUUAACUACUGCAGGAUUUCAGGAGAUUCUAACUGAAAUUGAAAUUUUAGCUUUGAUUGUGGGAUGCUUAUGUCAUGACCUUGACCACAGGGGAACCAACAAUGCCUUCCAAGCCAAGAGCGGAUCAGCCUUAGCUCAGCUCUAUGGCACCUCUGCUACCUUGGAGCACCACCAUUUCAAUCAUGCUGUCAUGAUUCUCCAAAGUGAGGGUCACAACAUCUUUGCUAACUUGUCCUCUAAGGACUACAGUGACCUUAUGCAGCUUCUAAAGCAAUCGAUAUUGGCAACAGACCUCACUCUAUAUUUUGAGAGAAGGACCGAGUUUUUUGAACUUGUCAGUAAAGGUGGUUAUGAUUGGAAUAUAAAAAACCACCGAGAAGUAUUUCGAUCAAUGCUAAUGACAGCCUGUGACCUUGGAGCUGUGACCAAACCGUGGGAGAUUUCAAGACAGGCAGCUGAGCUGGUAACCAGUGAGUUCUUUGAACAAGGAGACAGAGAAAGAUCUGAACUCAAACUCACCCCUUCAGCCAUUUUUGAUCGGAACAGGAAAGAUGAACUACCCAGGCUGCAGCUCGAGUGGAUUGAUAGCAUCUGCAUGCCAUUGUAUGAGUGUCUAGUGAAGCUGAAUGUGAAAUUGAAGCCUAUGCUGGACUCCGUGGCAGUAAAUAGAGUGUCCCCUAAGGAAAAGAUUAAUGGGCUUUAAUGAAAAUAGAAUACAAAUAAAAAAGGAAAUCUGUUGCCUUAUGCUUCAGGUUUAUAUUACAUUGAGAAGUGGACCACAGAUAAGCCUUUCUAGUAUAAUUUCCAGUUGGCAUUAAUAUUUUGAAAUGGUGGAGAGGAAGAAUAUCAUCAUACUGGACUGACUACCUCUUACUUCUCUUGCAGUUCUUUCAGUACAAUUUGAGAUGCUAUUAUUACAGCUAGCACAGCACUAGUCAAGGCUCACAUGUAGACGUCUGUAGUAGAGGUGUUCAUAAAAAUCUAAUCAAACAUGAUAGGUCACAAAACCAAACAUGUCUAGUUCUGUGUGAUGAUGCCAGUAUUACCUGAAAGUUGGUCUCUUUCCAUUAGUGCAAAGAUCACUAGCGUAGCAAAACUGUGAUCUAUGAUUUGAGGGUGCUUUCUCUGCUGCAUGACCUGACACAAGAGGAGUCAUGUUACAGUGCUUACAAGUUUCCAUUCACAGGGAAAAAAAGCUUUUGUACUCCAUGAAAAAUGGGAUUCUAAAUAUAGGGUUGUCUGGCAGCAGAAAUUAAAGCUGAAUUCAGCUUAGUUUUACACCUGUGCCAAACUCUAUUUACUUCAGUGGAGUUACCUUGAACUGGCACCAACUUAAUGGAAAUCAGAACCUGGCCCAGCUGACCAGAUGCUAGAAAGAGCUUUCCUCCUUUCUAAGGAAAGUGAGUCGUUAGCGCCUUUGAAAAACUGACUAUAUCUGCCUGACAAUCAAACAGAAAUAACAAAUCUGCUGAUCACUCCUUUAAAAAAACCACAACAAAACAAAAACCCUCUGUGCUACUCAUCAUGUGUAUAGGAGAAUAGCUGGAAAUUUCAGUACCAUUGCAAGCCAAUCUAUUAGUACACAACUGAACCACAUCACUUUCUCUAGCAGAAAGAAGCAGGGAAGGAGCAGAAAUGCAGACUGUGCAGCAGUGAGUACAUGCACCAAAUGGAAAUGUUUCUGCUAUUAUUUUACCACUUCUUUCUUCCCUGAAUAAAGACAGAUGCAGGAUAGUAAGCAGCAAGCCAUACAAAACUUGGAACACGUACUUUAUGGGAGAAACAGAUACUAGGAACUGACAUGGUACUGCUGGCAGGUACACACAGCUUUCCUGAAUUCUGAUAUUGCAUAUUGCUAAGUAUAACAUAAUUUAUAGCACAUACCCUACAGCUUCCCCCAAGGUUGAGUCUCCCCUCAUUUCCUCUCCUUUUUAUUGGCUUCAGUGCGCUGUUGCCCAUGGCAACACCCACUGGCAGGGAUGGGGAUUCAGCACCACUGCAACCUGACAUACAGCUGAAGCUCUAACAAUGUCAACCAUCAAUCAAGUGACUGUUUGUAAUUGCCUCCAUCUAUUUCUCCUGUCUUUCGGUAUCUUUGCUAUUGUGGGUCAAAAUUCAGAAACUGCUGACUAAUGUUAUGGUUCUGUUCCUCCAUCACAAGGAAUAAAAUGAGAGAGCACGGCUAGAUCUUUAUCAAAUUGUUCUCAGGCAAAAUGAAGCAACCCUACUGAAACCAGGGGGCACAGUAGUGCAUCUCAGAACAGCAUUUGGUCUCUGAAAGUGAUACAGCUCAGUCUUAAAAAAAACCCCAAACAAACAAACAAACAAAAAAUAGAAUCUUAUACUAAUUUUUUGUUAACACUUAGCUUAGGAACCAGCAAAAGACUUGUAUUUUUGAGAGGAAAAAGAAGAUUCUACAGUAAGAAAAAAACAUAUUCCAAGUUUCUCAUAUUUUAAGAUGGUGGAAAACACUUUUUAGCUAGUGCUUUUCAUUAUUUCUGAUAGGGAAACAUUUUCCUAGUACUUUAGUCAGUUUUGCCAAAUUCUGAGAUGUGCACAGGAGAGAUGACCCUGCAGGUUAUUAAAUUGGCAUUCUCCAUCUUUUACUUGUUUCCCUGCCCACUGCACAAGGAGAGAGCAAAACCCUUUGAAAUCAGAUUAGUUCUGCGAGUGCGUAUGAAACACAGGUCCACAAGAGGCGAGGACAAAUUAAAGGGCAUGAGGACGGAGAACCCACCGCUACCCAGGACAGUGCUAGUAAAGUGCUGCUCGGCCUUUCCCUGGAGAUGCCCAACACAUCUGGUCUGCCUCAGCAACAGACAAGUCACCACUUAUUUGCCCCAGCUGUUAGUGGAAAUUUGGCCUUGAGUGAUGACUCUAGCAUUUACAAUUCCAGUGCUAAAAUGCAGUGAGCACGUGGACCAUCCAUAGGGUCACGGGGGCUUCAUUCUUCCCCUCAAGGUGCUUCGAGCUGGUUCAACAGCAAUGCCUUUUUUCUAGGUGUCCUACUGACUAGUGCUAACCGCAGCCUGAGUUCAGGCAGGUUUCUUGUCUCAUGAAUUAUAGGCCAUGAGGUCUCACAGGAGCCAGCCAGCAGCCCUCACUUUAUCAGCAAAAAAUGCUCAGGAGAAGACCUAUGUCUUCAUCCCCAUCCUCAAAGAUAGUUCAGGCCACACAGCAAUUCCACUCAGGAUUCCCACCUGUGAGACCACUUACCAAAAUCAACAUUUCCUCACCCCCCCCCAAAAAAAAGAAAAGAAAAAAAGGGGGGGCACGCAUAAAUGCCCUAGCAUUGCGUAGCAUAAUCGGGAAGGAGCCCAACUUCAAAUCCUACUUGAUC